GUAUCCAAGGAUGCACGAGGAUGAUGAUGUCAGAGUAUAUAAAGAGAGAGUAUCCAGUGGCGUUAUCAUUUUGAAUUUGUGUGAGACACGUUGCGCAUCUCAGCACAAAGUCUAAUCAUCGUUGUGAGGAUUUAGAAAAUACAGUCAGAAUGCGUGAAUGUAUAUCCAUCCAUGUUGGACAAGCUGGUGUCCAGAUAGGAAAUGCAUGUUGGGAAUUGUACUGCUUGGAGCAUGGCAUUCAGCCAGAUGGGCAGAUGCCAAGCGACAAAACCAUUGGGGGUGGAGAUGACUCCUUUAACACUUUCUUCAGUGAGACUGGAGCUGGCAAACAUGUACCAAGAGCAGUCUUUGUGGAUUUGGAGCCUACUGUUGUUGAUGAGGUCCGCACUGGUACAUACCGCCAACUUUUCCACCCUGAGCAGUUGAUUACUGGGAAGGAGGAUGCUGCCAACAAUUAUGCCAGAGGACAUUACACCAUAGGCAAAGAAAUUGUGGACUUGGUAUUGGAUCGUAUCAGAAAAUUGGCAGACCAGUGUACUGGCUUGCAAGGUUUCCUCAUCUUCCACAGCUUUGGAGGAGGUACUGGCUCUGGAUUUGCUUCCCUGCUUAUGGAGAGACUCUCUGUAGAUUAUGGAAAGAAAUCCAAGCUGGAAUUUGCCAUAUACCCAGCUCCUCAGGUAUCUACAGCUGUAGUUGAGCCCUACAAUUCCAUCCUCACCACCCAUACUACUCUGGAACAUUCUGAUUGUGCCUUCAUGGUUGACAACGAGGCAAUCUACGAUAUCUGUCGCAGAAACCUGGACAUUGAGAGGCCAACCUACACCAACCUGAAUCGUUUGAUUGGUCAAAUUGUCAGCUCAAUUACAGCCUCGCUCCGAUUUGAUGGAGCACUGAAUGUGGACUUGACAGAAUUCCAGACCAACUUGGUGCCUUACCCUCGCAUCCACUUUCCACUUGUUACCUAUGCUCCAGUUAUUUCAGCUGAGAAGGCCUAUCAUGAGCAGUUAUCAGUGGCAGAAAUCACCAAUGCCUGCUUUGAGCCAGCAAACCAGAUGGUAAAAUGUGAUCCCAGACAUGGAAAAUACAUGGCUUGUUGCAUGUUGUACAGAGGUGAUGUUGUUCCAAAGGAUGUCAAUGCUGCCAUUGCCACCAUCAAAACCAAGAGAACCAUCCAGUUUGUGGACUGGUGCCCCACUGGUUUUAAAGUUGGUAUCAACUACCAGCCACCCACUGUUGUCCCUGGAGGAGAUCUGGCCAAGGUUCAGAGAGCUGUCUGCAUGUUGAGCAACACCACAGCCAUUGCCGAGGCCUGGGCUCGUCUUGAUCACAAAUUUGACCUGAUGUAUGCCAAGCGUGCUUUUGUCCACUGGUAUGUAGGAGAGGGUAUGGAAGAGGGUGAAUUUUCUGAGGCCCGUGAAGAUCUUGCUGCUCUGGAAAAGGAUUAUGAAGAAGUUGGUGUGGACUCUGUUGAGGGAGAGGCCGAGGAGGAGGGUGGAGAUGAAUACUGAGAACUUUAUUGACAUUGGCAAAACACUGUUCUGUUAAAUUUUCCUUAUUAAAAAGUUUGGCUUGUUCAUUUCUCUAAAAUUUUUUGAAGUGUAAAGGAGUUGAAAAAAAAAUCUGGAUCAUUCUGACUUGAAAGAAUUUCAAAAUUUUAAGUUUAUUAAAAAAAAGAUUUUAAAUACAAGAA